UUGAGCUGUAAUCGGAAACGUCGACAGGAGGCCGAUGGUUCGUCUGUCAGGCUGGAAAAGAAGUCAAUCUGGGAGGUUAGCUAGCCAGGCCAAAAACAAAAGAAGUUAUCGCUUAUUCGUAACUUCACAGCAAAUUAUUUUAUCCUAAGGAAUUAAGGACUUGAUAGGAUAAACCAGCAUGAAACUACAAAAGCUCUAGGACCCAGGACACCUGAGUUAAGGGAGCAGAGGUCGCUCCCACUGCCCCACCUGUACCCUGUCCACCUGGACGGAGUAGACAUGACCACAGGGGAGUGUUGCCACUUACCAGGCUCGCUGUGCGACUGCACUGGCAAUGCUGCCCUGUCCAAAACCGUGGAGGAGUCGGACAACCGGAGGGCACAAUACGUCACUCAGGUCACGGCUAAAGACGGACGCCUGCUCUCCACCGUCAUCAAAGCCCUGGGAACCCAGAGUGAUGGUCCGAUUUGCCGGAUCUGCCACGAGGGGGGUAACAGUGAAGGGCUCCUUUCGCCAUGUGACUGCACGGGCACGCUAGGCACGGUACACAAGAGCUGCCUGGAGAAGUGGCUGUCAUCCUCCAACACCAGCUACUGCGAACUGUGUCACACAGAGUUCACCAUCGAGCGCAGGCCAAGGCCCCUCACAGAGUGGCUUAGGGACCCUGGGCCGAGAAAUGAGAAGCGCACGCUGUUCUGUGACAUGGUGUGCUUCCUGUUCAUUACGCCCCUGGCAGCCAUAUCAGGCUGGUUGUGCCUGCGAGGGGCUCAGGACCACCUACACUUUAACAGUCAGCUGGAGGCAGUGGGUCUCAUCGCUCUUACCAUCGCUCUCUUUACCAUCUACGUCCUCUGGACUCUGGUGUCAUUCCGCUACCACUGUCAGUUGUACUCCGAGUGGAGACGAACCAAUCAAAAAGUGCGCCUGCUCAUUCCUGAUGCCAAGGGUGCCCACUCUACCCAGCAUUCCUUGCUCUCCACAAAGCUGCUAAAAAAGACGUCAGACGAGACCAUCGUAUGAGAUCUGCGGUGUUUCUGGGAGGGUGGGGGACGCGAUACAUUGUUGGUAUUAAACGUGCUAGAGGUUCUUGAUGCGUCAUGUCAUCAGUUAGAGCCACAGCACUUUUGGAUGCAUUCUUUUUCUAUUUAGUCCUUUUUAUCUACAUAUGUGAGCACUUCAUUUGUUUUUCUUCCUUUAACUAUAUCUCUCUUUUUAGUUGUGUGUAUUAUUUUUUUUAAGUUGUUUCUGGUUUUGGAAUGAAUUUAUUUAUUUGCCAAAACGGUGAUCAUUAAGGUCCCAUACCACACAGUGUACUUCAUGGUUAAAACCGUAGGGACUCUAUGAGCAGUGGUAGUAGCUGUGUGAGGGGACAAAUCCAGGAAAGCAGGAGUAGCUGCUGAAGCUUAAAAAGAAACACCUCUAGAUUUGUGUAGCUUCUUUCAGAAUUAUUUACGUCUUGAUUGGACAGGAAAUUGGUCAUUGCCAAUUUUUGAGUACUUUCGCCCAGUAUAUAUUAUAGAAGCUCCGAUUUUGAAACCUUUGUGGUGGUUUAAAGUGUUACAGGAUGACAGGGCCUUCUUGUGAGGCCUGCUAACAGAAUGGGCUAAAACGGAGAGAGCUGCAAGCACCUGAUACAUGCUCCUAAAGAGGAGCAAACACUAAAAUAGGAGUGUGCAAUAAAUUCCUUUCAUUACCAAGUAUGAGGCACAGUGUAUGCCCUCUGGUGUGCUUAGUUUUUCCUGCAUGUGUAAUUAAAAAAAAAAAAAAAAAUCCAUCCUUUUUUUUUUUUUUUUUGUUUUUUUUUUUUAAAAAGUAUAAUGAUAUUAGUGACUGUUUAAAUCGCUAUCUGGGAUUUUGUCUGUGGAUCAGCAUCAGCUAUACUCAGCACCUAUUAAAGGUGAGCUUCAUGCAGGAAGUGGCAUACGGUGGUCCUACAAUGGUAGCACUUAAUCGACAUAAGUAGCCUAGAUAUGUGCUGAUCAAAUGUAGUUGUGUGUAUGCCUCCAGGAUUCAUGGGAAACAUUAUUUUUAUCUUGAGGUCAUUAUUGUGACAGCUGUUUCUUAAUUUAAAACAUUACAGCUACAUGUGGCUGUGUGAAAGGGCAGAAUGUGUUUGUGAGUACAUAUGUGUACACUUUUGUAUCUGUAUUUUUGUUUUUAUAGCAGUUUUACAUUGUUAAAUAUGCAGUUAUUUGGGGAAAUUUGUCUGAUAACAGGGGAACAACUGUGUAAUUAUCCAUUUACACCACUUGAGUACAGAUUAUCGCCCUGCAUGUUACGUUACAAGAAUGAUGUGCAACAUGUCAUCACUUUAAAGGGAAUCUUGUGUCAUGAUGAUAGGCUCUUCUCCUAAUGGCUUUAUGGACACCCUUGACCAAAGUAUGGCCUUUAUGCAGAUAUUGAGGGACCAUCUGCUCCUGAUACCUGGCUCUGUUUAUGUUGGAAACAUUACAAACAUCUCUGUGAUGUCCAAGAAAACAUUUGUCAUUUGACAGGCUUUGUACAUUUGUAGAUACAUUUCAUGUCUGUGUAAGGCACACAGAGCAACAGUUACUGUCAGCCUGUGAGUGUGGGGUUUGAGUGUGCGUGUGGGGUUUGAGUGAGUGUGUGUGUGGGGUGAGUGAGUGUGUGUGUGUGGGGUUAGAGAGUGUACGUCAGUAAUUGACAGUCAGGCUGUGUGUGAUUCUGACCUUCUGUAGUGCCACAAUUGAAACAAAAAAGGUGCUUUCAUCUGUACAUGGAGUAAAAAAGCAGAUAAAGAUAAAUCCCUUAGAGAGCUGUGUGCAUGGGUCAUCUUGUUCUUCAGUGGGUAAUAGUCACCAGAGAGAUUUCUUGCGAAUUGUAUUCACUUCUUUUCAAGUGUCUCAAUCUCCUUAGGACAAUGUUAAGUUUUGGAAAGCGUUGUGCAAUAGAUUAUUACUAAAAGCUUUCAGCAUUAAUUGUAACUUUUAACACAUGUUUUUGAGAAGAAAACAAAUGUAAAACGAUCUCUCUGCAUCUUUACAUACCUGUUGUAUGUCACAGGACUGAAUGGCUUUGAGUUCAAUUAAUUGUUUAUGGAAGCCCAACCAAAAGAAGCCAAGAAAAUGGUCACAGAUCAGCAGCUAAGUGCAAAUUCAUUUCUUAACUGCUGCUCGUACACUUGUCUCUCACUGGUGUGCUUCCAUCUUUUUUCUUUCCCGGCCAUUUAUUCUUUAUUUUAGCAAUGUGAGGUUAAAAAAAAGAAAAAGAAAAGAAAGAAGAAAAGCUUGAGUGCAAUGUCAGCAAUAUUACAAUGCACUUCUUGCCUAUAACCUUAUCAGUACAUGUAAGAUAAUUAUUCUAUAGAUAUAGAAAUAUGAAGGAUUACAGGACAACAUUCAGACAGGAUGUGGAAGGCAGUGUUGGGGUGUUUUAUUUUUCCUUUGUUUAUCCAUGAGUUUUCUCCACUAUGCAACCUGCAGACUUAAGCAGCCAAAAGUCCUGUGCUUUAUUCUGGUGUUAAUAUGGCUGACCCAAAUGAUUACUUUCAUGCUACCAAGAAAAAUACUUGCUUUAUUGAUUUAUUUUCCUUAAUUAUUUUUAGUCAUAUUGCACUUUUACAAAUUUAUGAUCGGAAGUGGCUUAGCUAGCCUUUUCCACUUGACACAUUUCAGAGAGGUUUAACUCCCUCACUGAUAUUAGGGGAACUGGUCCACUUUUUUGUAUUAAAAAGGUGGUAAAGACCAAUCUCUUGUUUUCUCUAAGAUAAACCUAAGCAAAUUUAAACCUUGUACACAAUUUCUUUUAUUUGUUUUGUCAUCACUGUGUUUUAAUGUAUUCAUACUGUAUGUAUCACUUGCGUUGUAUGUCUUCUUUUAUUCCUUGAGCACCAUAUUUUAAUCACUCUGUCGUUUUUGGAAUACUAUUAUAUUUAUGUUGUGAAGUGGAUAAAGACUGGUGUGUCUGUAUUGUCCUCACUAGAAUUUGUUGGUGCUUGCAAUCAGCCAAGAAAAGUGUGCAAAGCAAAUUAAACAUGAUGCUCUGGA